UUACGGGUGAAGGUUAGGGUGAAUGGAAGGCAGGGGGAGGAGAUAUGGAGCACAAGUGAGUCCGGAGAGAUCCAAGGUAUGGACGGAGCCUUCGCCGAAGCAUCAGAUUCAGCGGCAGCAAGGGGGGAAGGUUCCGGUGGUGUAUUAUCUCUGCAAGAAUCAUCAUCUCGAGCACCCUCACUUUAUUGAGGUCCCCGUCUCUUCGUCUGAAGGCCUUUAUCUUAAAGAUGUGCUUAAUCGGCUUGUUGUUUUGAGAGGGAAGCGGAUGCCUAAAUUGUAUUCUUGGUCCUGCAAGAGGAGCUACAAGAACGGAUUUGUAUGGCAGGACCUCUCUGAGGAUGAUCUCAUACUUCCAACCCAUGGAAAUGAAUACAUUCUCAAGGGUUCUGAGCUUUUGGAUCAGACCCCUCCAGAUAGGCUUCAAGACAAUAGCAAUAACCCGAGGCUGCAAAAGUAUGUUCCUCCGCAACAAGAUCAGUCCACAUCUUCUAGACUACAGGAGGCCUCUUCUUCUUACUCUUCUCCUGUCAGUACAGUGAGAGAGGGAAAGUCUCCAUCUCCACCACCACACAGAACACUUACUCCUCAGGAAGAUGAUAACUCUAUUCCUCAAAGUUCAUCUCCAGAAAGAGGCUUCCCCAACUUUGGAGAUUGCAGGGUUUUCAUGCUCAGUGGAGCUCAGGAUGCUUCAACCCAAACAGAGGAAAGAGGAGAAAGGAGGGAAGAUGAGACAAGGAAUCAAACCACCGGUGUCUCAACUGGUGAUGAUUUGACCAAUGUGAUCCAGCAGAACCUGGAUACUCCAUCCAAUGAUGCUAUUAAAGAGAUCUCCCCAAGCAGAACUCCAUCAAGUGCAUCAUCUGGAAAUAAGAUUGACACCUUAGAAUCAUUGAUAAGGGCUGAAGUGAACAAAUUCAAUAGCUUCAGGAUAAUUGAGGAAGAGGUUGUUCCGACGAAACUAAAGUUGAAGAGAACAAAUGUCCUUCUACAACUGCUCACUUGUGGAUCAACCUUGGUUAAGGAUCACCAAAGCUUAGGGUUUAUACCUACUUACAAGCCCAGGUUCUUGAAUAUGAGAUUAGGGACAACAUUCCCGAGUUCAACGACGCUAAGAGAGCUUGAGUACAUGACGGGGGGGUCGAGGGUGUUGAGGUUGGGGACUGAAAGGACUUCUUUUAGCAGAAAUUCUGCUGAAAACUACCUAACUUACAGAGACAGUGGUGUUGAAGCAUCAACCAGUAUCAAUUGCACACCUUUAUACAAUGGGGACAUGAGUUGCAGGUCACCUGAUUUAAAAGGAAAUAAGGAAAAGUCUGCAGAUUUGGUAGGCUCUAACUCUCCAUCAAUUCAAAAUCUUUCCAGCAAGGCAAUGCUAAAUGGAACUUUUAGGUCACCUAUAUUAGAUUCUAGAAGCUCUUUGGCUCAACAAAGUCAUGAAAAAUCCCCAUCUACGAGUUCAUUAAGCUCAAGUAAAAGGACCGACGAUCUUACCACAGCAAAAGGAUCAUCUGUAAGGGUGGAAUCUAUUCAAGAAGAAACUGAAAGGACAAUCACGAUUGAGGAAAGGCUUGCUUCAGGAGCUCGGAUUAUAAUUCAGUCGAGAGUUCCUCCUGAUUAUAGUGAGAAAACUGCUGAUUCUUGAAAGGAAGGUUUUCUUUGUAAAAAGUAAUUGAAUUCUGCACUUCCUAGUCAGUUGCGCAUGGAGCGAGUUUCUUUUUUUUUCCUUGAAUUUUGUUGCAUGUUCUAAUUUUAUUCAAUUUAUUACCUAUAUCAAUUGUGUAGCAUAACCUUAAUUCUUAGUACUGAAAGAUUCCUGAUUCAGAGUGCC